AGCAGUGUAGAAUAUAAACUGUAUGCAAAAGUCAGCUUAAGUUUGGAAAUGAUUUGCGUUGAAACGCUCGCCGAAUGGGCGUGACCAAUUCUGAAAAUGGACACAGAUGUUAAAGAUAAAAGUGACGAGUCUAGCCAGUCGGAUGCACCAAAUAUAGGCGAUCCUGUAGAAGGAAGAGUAUGGAGACGACAAAGUUUAACAAAGCCAUCAAAGAAAUCUGCGAAUGGACCAGUUUUAAGAGCGACAGUGAAACCUGUAAAACGAUUUCGACCAGAUUCAAGUACAGCACCAGGUCCAACACCAGAUGCAACUCCUUUGAAAGUAGAUGCUUCUAUCAGUUGCAGCAACGAUGAUAAAGUUAAUUCUGAGAAUGGAAAGCAACAACGAACUGAAGCUUUGAUUAAUACACCAACUUCAAUGAAGAAGAAAAGAGUAAGAGAGCAAUGGAGUGUGGAAGAUAAGAAUCAUUUCUUUGAUGCUGUGGCAAUUCAUGGGAAAGAUUUUGAAGCCAUACAAAAGGCAAUUGCCCAAAAACACAGGAAAAAAGGUGGAGAAUCUGUUGUUAAAACUAAGGAUCAAGUCCGGCAUUUAUAUUAUCGUACAUGGACUACAGUGAGCAAGUUACUUGAUGGUGAAGUGAGCAGUAUUUCGAGCGCAAGCAAUAAAACCAAUCAAGAAUUAUUUGCUGUGAUCAACUAUGGAGAACUGAGGAAAAAACUCGGGGGGUAUGCUUUGAAGAAAAAAGGGAUCAUGAAACUAAAUGAGCUUGUUAACUCUGGUUUCACAAGUGUCCGGUUAAAAGGGAAAAACUAUCGAAUCAAAACUCCAACUUGUAAAGCAUUGAAACAAAUCGGCAGCAAAAGUGAUACUGCUAAGAAAUCUUGUUAUUCUGAGGCACGAAGGGUUAAACUUCCAUUAAGAGUUAACUUAGAACUUCAACCUUAUUCAAUGAAGGCUUGGAAUAAAGUCCACAUGCUUGCACACAACCCAAGGACAAGGUUCAGCAUACCUUUAAACUGCCAGUUGUCUUACAUCAUAAAAUACCUCGUUAACAAAUGGAGAUCGCUAGGCGAUAAAAUGUUCGCUUUAUCAAAUGAAGCUGAUGGUAGCAACGCACCUAUCAAUGCUUCUAAUGAUAAACUACAAAUCUACACACCUCCUGAAGUAAACAUAAAAGCUCAUGUCAAAGUACAUCAGAUUCUAUUGAAUAAAAACCACUGCAUAGUUUCGUACACGUCGCUUAAAUCAUCAGCGGGAAACAAAAACGAAGAUCCCACUUUCGCUAGAACUGACUUGGAUUCUUUACCGCUGGAUUUAAGUUCGGAAGACGAGAGCGAAAAUGUUGCUGCAAAUCCUGCAUCCGAUUUUUGUGAGGAUCAAAUGUCAUCAAUUGAUCACGAAGAUGUGUGCCAUGAUUUAGUUGAUAAUUCCAUACAAGAAGUUAACACUUCUGUUUCUAAUGUCGACAGUGGUGUACUUGAUCAAGACAUUGAGAUGGUUUUGGAUGCAUUAGAUACUUCAAUUUGUGGAGAUGUAUUACUUGAAAAUACACUUGAUUGUGGAGUGUGUGUGCUAUGUGAUAGCGAAAAAUGCUCAUGUAUGGAUGGGGUUCAAACUCUGGAUACUGGUUUAAGUACAAAAACAUCAGAAACAACUCAAAAAUCACAAGUUAAAUUUCUGGAAACUGCUUUAAGAACAAACACAUCAGAAACAACUCAAGAAACACAAGUGAAAACUGUGAACACUGCUUUAAGAACAAACACAUCAGAAACCACUCAAGAAACACAAGUGAAAAACUCUGAAAAUGUUGCAGAAUUGUGCCUCAACUCAUUGAACUGUAUUGAAAGAGAGAUACAAGUUUCUUCUAAAGAUAAAGAAGUUGUAAAUACGACAGCAUUAGCUGGAAAUGAUAGUGGUACUGCCAUUCAUUCAAGCAGGACGAGGCAGGAAUGCAUUUGGAACGAGGAUAAUACAGAAGGUGUUACAAUAGCAGAGAUAUACUUGAUGCUUGGGAAACCUACCUCCUUUAAAUUAUGUUACGACUGGAUUCAAUCUUCUACUAAAAAUGAAGGAGUUAAACAAAAGAUUUCUCCGAAUUCAGCGCUCAAUGCUUUGAUACAAACUGCAGCUAUUAUAAAGACUAAAUUAUCGGGAAAACAUUAUGAAGAAAAUACAGCAGAAGAUGGGGGCAGGGCUGGCUCUUCUACCAAACAGUCAAAGACAGUAGAAGUAGGAGUUCAGUGUUCAUCACAGGACGAGCAAAUGUUAUCCCCACCGACAAUAAAGAAAUAUGGUCGUGGGUUAAGUAAACUGUCAACUGCUUCAACUUCUUUCGCUGUCCCACAACUUCCAUAUUAUCAUCGGAAAUCUACCUCAAGUCAAUUUCGUGGUCCAAAUUCGGUCAUGUACCAGACACCAGUAGAGCUGGAUCAGAACGGGCAAAUUCGUGGCCACAGGAAUGAACUUUUCAAACAUCCCAUGCAUGAUUUAAGCAACAACAGAAGAGCAGUUGGUGUUCGUAAAAUGAAGAAAUUUUCGGUUGUUUCGGGUGGGAAUAAAAAAGUUGGUUUCAUACCAACAGUACAACCUGUUGCAAACAACCCUGAAAAACCUGCUGUUGAAGCACAAAGCGAGAAAUCUCUACCCCAACCACACUCACAAGCAAUAGUAGUGCAGAUGCUCAAACUUCGUACAGUGAAAGACUGCCUGACCUUGGUUGUAUUGAAAUCAGUACAGAAGUGAUGCAGUCUGAACAAAGUGGUGGUAAUGAGGCAGAAACUUCAAGCAAGCAUGCUACAGCUACUGAUGUUCCAAUACAGAAUGUUGUGGCUUCUGUAGAGUCAAUAUUAACACCCCCACCUUCAACUAGUAGUUCAGAAAGUGUUGUUCUAACAACUGAAGAUGAAACUGAGAAGCCACAUAAACUUAUGAUGGAAAAUACAUUAAUACCAACGAUAGAUGCGUUUAGUGCUGACAACUUUUCGUCGGAUACAAAUGAUCUUUUGUUUAUGAAGAAAAAUACGAGAGAAUACAACACAAACCAAGCAAACCUCAUACAAAGAAACCAGGCAAGGUCACCUCCCAUGCUUUCUAUGCCUGCAAUUGACUUACAAAUAUCUCCAGAUAAAAUGAGGUCAGAAUCACCAUUCCUGACAAACAGAAGAGAAUAUUCUGAUGUGUUGAAUACACCGCAGCGGGUUGUUUCAAGUGAUGAAGACUCCAUGGACAGUUUAACAUUCUCAUCCACAAAAUUCAAAUAUGUUCGAUCGGGGUCAAGUCCUGCCUCCGGGAUGUUAAACGAAUGCGAAACAGAUCCUCCUCUUCAAUGUCUUAUCAGUGAAAACAGCAUGGAUUUUAUUUCAAAAUUCCAAGAGCUAGUUCAACCACCUCCUGGACACUGAGCUGAGACUUCUAAACUUUCGUUCUAUUACCUGCUCUUGUUUUUUUUAAACCAACUUUUCUUAUCAUUUUAAAUACAAGACAUUUCAGA